GUGGUCAGUUAUUUUGUUGACUGUCUCUCCUGCCCUCACUGCCCACUUCAGGGAAAUGUUGAAGAAACGAAUCCAACGUCAGAUUACUGGUCAUAGUUAUUCCGAGUGUCCACCCAAUAUUUACAUAUCCCUAGACCUAGAGGUGGAUUGGAAACUAGUUCUAGAUCUAGACUCUAGAAAAUGACAACUGUUCAUCGCUGUGAAAUGUGUCCCCACAAGUAUUGAGGGUCAGCUGCCAGCGCUAAACUCUGAAAAUACUACCAGCAAACCCUGGUGUUAAUUAGGUUAUUGGGCUAACAAAUAUUGAAUUGUUUUCGUUAAAGAAGUUGUCAAGACACCAGGGUUUGCAUUAUUUUGUUUGGCAUGUUAUUUGUCAAAGUGAAGAAAGUGAAAUGAAAGGGGACCUCUUUUGUUUUUCCUGAAAAGUAAAACGGUUGGUCUUCUACAUCAGUCUUCUUGUCCAUCUUAUACUAAUAUUUCAUUAUGAGUUGAGCACUUUGAGUGGUAUCCUGAACCCACCAGGAUAAAUUUUGCAGAACUGAAAAACGACGAAGCUGAAAAGGAAAUCUAGAAAAGAAAAGAGGAGGAAAAAGCAUUACCAUCAGUCCCACUAAAAACUGCCAAUUAGUGAUGUCGACUGUACAUUCAAGUACAGGCAUGUAUACAGAAUCCAGUUCUUCCCAAGUGAGGGUCACAUCUUGGCAGGCCCAAGACCCAGACCAACCCUCUUCUCAUAUUCUCCUGCAAGGCUGUUACCAAGGUAUCUUAGAACUGCAAAGUGCUCUCAGUCACAUGGAUAGUGCGGGCACGCUGUUAACACAAAGUCUGGCUCAGGCUCUACAUAACACACCAUACAAGUGUGUUGCUGACACCUUGAGCUGUCGCCUCAGGGACGUGUAUAUGAGUGCCAUGUCCAAGUCCAGUGCUACUCUUCUUAAGGAAAUGGAGCUCAUGAUCAGCAGUCUGCAAACUUCAAAUAGGCAGCAUCCUGAGGAUUCUCAUGUUUAUGGACAGACCCUGUGUCAUAUCUCGCUUCUGUUUGCCAAGCUGAAGAAACAGUAUUUUGCUCUGUGUCACAACAAGAUGGUGGAUCUGGUCCACUCUCUGCUCUGCCUCAAGGGGGAGGAUCCAGCAGCAGGGGAGGUCACAAAACUUGUCUUGAAGCUGGGUCUGGCCGAUGGUCUAGACUCACCCAGCAAAUCAAACUCCAGUCUUCCCAACACUCCCUGGGGCAGCCCAAAGACCAGGAAGUCACGCACAGACUCUAGUAAAAGUCCAGCGAGGUCUGGCUUCCGAAUCAUGUCCUUGUUUGAACGCAAAACUCCACCAGAUGAGAGAAAGAGCUCUUUUUACGUAGAUGUAGAAGAACCAAAAACGGGCAACCCAGAUGUUCCUCCUCGUGAGGGUAUUCCCACCGUCUCCGUUACUGCUGGCAGUGUUGAAGAGGACAGGUGCGGUGCCCUUUCUGGGGGGAGUGGGAAUCCUCAGUUUUCCUCUGGAUUUUAUGGUGGCUCAGAGCUCUCGGGUGACCUCCUCUCUUGCAGAUCUGUUGGAGGAGAUGCAGCCACAAAUGCUAAUGGGGCCAAGUCACAGCUGGCCACAGAGGAAGAGCUGGAGAGUGUGAUCAACCUACUGUCCGGUGUAGGCUGCUGUCCCGGCUCACCCAUGCAGGUCAUUCCGGAGGUGCCGCCACAGGACCCCCUGCAGCUGACCGUGCCACAGAUUUACCGCGUGGCCAGUCCUGCCUCAGACACACAGCUGGAUGAGAUCUCGCAUGUUAAAACGCAGGUACACAGGAGGUCUGAAGGCUGCCUGGACCUCUCUGCUGUGGGCAGGAACGCAUGGCCCCACCAGCUGUUGCACCACCGAGCCAGCCUCCCUUCCGUCCAGAUCUUCUCCGCCACCGGCCAGCGCACGGGUGGCUAUGAGUCGCUGCCUCCGUCCCCUGUGCCAGGAUACAUGAGGGACACGCCCUCCCCGGGCCACGGGGUGCGCGAUCUGCCCAGCCCCAGCUACUUCCGACAUGACCCGCCCUCGCCUUUCCGGGCCCACCACGCCAACACCCUGGGGGUAGGGGGUCUUGGGGGCAUGAGGUCAAACAUGCUGUCGCCAUUGCAGUGGAGGGGUGGUCCUGCCGGUCUUGGUGGUUCAAGGCUGGGCGGGAGUUUAGAUGCCGGGGCGGGGCAGCAUGGCACCUGGCCUAUGUACGGGGGUCUCUCUCCCAUGUCUGCAGGGAGUGCUGUGGAUGCCUCGAGCUGGUCAGGCCUUCAAGACUGUAGUGACCUCAGUGAUGACUCGUCUACAGAGGAUCAAUUCUUCGCAGUUGGGAAAGACCUAUCCCAAGCUAUUGGAGCAAAGGAUGGCAGCAGUGAUGAAGAGGGUGAGAGUGGACAGCCUGGACAAGCAAAAAACUCGAGCACGUGGCCCCCGCCAAGCUCUCAUGGUGUGUCUGGUGGGAUGGGCACCCAUCUCCUGGAGCCUCCAGAGCUGUACACGGGUCACCGGCCUAUACAGAUGCAGUGGAGUGACCCCAUGCCUUCUCGCUCCUCCAUGUGGCCGGGCGGGCAUCCAGAUGUUUCCGCCCAGAAGACGUCCCAUAGCAUGCAAGGUUUUGGUGGGAUGCAAUGACCAAACACCAAGUCUGAGGCAAUUGUCUAGUCAUUGCUACAGGCUGAACUUGUCACAUUUGCAGAUACAAGUAUUUUAUCUUUUAGAUCCAGAAACUCUUGCAGUAGUUUAAUUAAUUUUUGUAUUUCAUUUUUCUCUCAACUUGAGUUUCCUGUCAGACAGAAGUCCAAAUGUAUGUAUUGACAGAUAUAAAAGUUGUGGAUGCUCUAAGUAUGAUAAUUAUAAAUUAUCUCCAGCCCAAACCAGGUGUUUAAAAGUUGUACAUCUUGUCACUGACUGUAAAGAGAAACACCUGUGCCUCUGUUUGAGUAUAUGUGAGGCAGCGUGGUGGAAUCAGGCUCUCGUCAAAACAAUCAAAGUGAAGAAACUUGCAUUUUU